GAGAGCUGGGAGGAAGGAGGAGCAGAUCCCCAACCAUGAGUUCGAGCCAGCCAGGGACCUGCUCGUGUCGGGGUGCUGCAGGCCGCCCGGCCAUUCUGUACGCACUUCUGAGCCCUAGCCUCAGGGCCAGGCCCUCUGUGCCCCCAGCCCCUAGUCAUUGCCUGUGCAGGCAGCACCGGCCUGUCCGGCUGUGUGCUCCCCAUCGCACCUGCCGGGAAGCCUUGGAUGUUCUGGCCAGAACAGUGGUCUUCCUCAGGAACCUGCCGUCCUUCUGCCAGCUGCCCCCCCAGGAUCAGCAGCGGCUGCUGCGGGGCUGCUGGGGCCCCCUCUUCCUGCUGGGGUUGGCCCAAGACACUGUGACUUUCGAGGUGGCCGAGGCACCAGUUCCCAGCAUACUCAAGAAGAUCUUGCUGGAGGAGCCCAGCAGCAGCUCAGGCAGCGGCCAGCUGCCAGAUCGACCCCAGCCCUCGCUGGCUGCGGUACAGUGGCUUCAGUGCUGCCUGGAGUCCUUCUGGAGCCUGCAGCUGGGCCCCAAGGAAUAUGCCUACCUGAAAGAGACCAUCCUCUUCAAUCCUGGUGUGCCAGGCCUCCACGCCUCCUCCCACGUUGGACACCUGCAGCAAAAGGCUCAUCACGCUCUGUGCAAGGCCCUGGAGACCUGGUGCCCAGCAGGCCAGGGCCGCUUGGCCCGUGUCCUCCUCACAGCCUCCACCCUCAAGUCCAUUCCGCCCAGCCUGCUUGGGGACCUCUUCUUUCGCCCUAUUGUUGGAGACACUGACAUCGCUGGCCUCCUCGAGGACAUGCUUUUGCUGAGCCAACCUGUUCCAGCCCAGGCAGAGAUCAAGUGCUCCCUCUCACCUCAACGAGCGUCAGAUCACAGCCAGUGAGGAAUAUGAAGCAGUCCAUUCCUAAACUAAAACAGACAAGGUCACUGGAAUUCCUGCAGUUUGGGGUCGCUCACUUCCACCACCCCUGCUGAUGACAGAAGAGGAUAGUCCACUGCUCUCCCAAUGGGAGGGGCAAGGGCAUCUAGGGUUGACCUGGUGCAGCUGCUUGGAGGCCAAGGCUGGCUGAGGUUUAGCUGCCACACCAGAUGUUCAAGUCUGAGACACUUCCAUGGCAGUUAGUUCACAGAUACUGCCCUGAGCUCCCCCCUACCCCUGAGUUCCCUUCUGUGGCCCCCCUGUCCCAGCCCUUCUCCUGGAAUCCAUUCUCAUUGGCCACAACUAGAGGGGCAAUGCUUGGCAUAGCCAUGGCCUUCAGGACCGCUCCAUUCAGUGCAUGGCUUGUGUCUGUUCUGAUUGGUCAAUGUCUGGCCCUCAGUGUUUGUUAAAUAUUUUGAAUAUCACCCAGGUUAGGGUAACUGACCUGCAGGCAGGAGGGAAUGAUAACAACACACAUGCCUAUAGGACCCCCUUUCAGGCCUCCCUCCUUCUUUAGCAAUAAGGCCUGCCCCUACCAGUCCUACCCCCUUCACCACCGGUUUGGAUUCUCUCCAUGGGGCCAAGUUAAUUAUUGCUCAAUGAGAGGUCAUUCACUCAGGGACAACAGUUGAAGAGUUGUCAUUCAGGCCUCUGCUGAAGGCCCCCAGGAUACAGACCACAGGGAACUAACCAUAUACCCAUUCUGGGCACCCAGUGCCACAGCAAGGGCACCCCAUCCCUUACCCAAUCACCUACUCACCACUCAGACACCCAGAGUGACAGAAACGCACAGCUCACACCCUACAACAAAGAUACAUACAACUCAGACCUACAGCUCUCUCUCUGUCUCUGUCUCUCUCUCUCACACACACACACACGCACACACACACACACACACACACACAUACACACAAAGACGUACAAGUCAGACACACCUACAGACCCAUAAAACAGAACCACCAUCCGCUCACACACAGCAUGGAAAAGCACAGCCAAGAUGCACUCACUCAGUGACAUACAGCAGACCCAAACACAGGACAAUAGAGACAUGCACCCAAGCCAGAUGUUCACACAUACAUCCCUAUGCCCAAGGGUGGGGCACACGCUAUGGAGACACCCUCCCACUGGGGAAUGUUCUCCAUGUUCUGUAGGUCACAGGAAAGAGAACAGUGGCCCCCAAAGUAAGCAGACCUGUGUCUGCACAUCUUCAUGGUCUACGCAGAGCCUGCUAAUCCAGCCCCAAACUGCCUGGCAUUUUGGGCCUCAACUAACCAAUCACCCCCUUUCCCCAUGGUGACCCCCAACAUCUACCCUCCUCUCAGACAGGCCAUUUGCUCAACAGCUCCCCCAAGCCAGGACGUAAUCAAAUUCCCAAAUAGAAGCAUCCUUUAGAACCCAGAACAGGCCCUGCAUUCCUUUGCCCCCUAACCUCCCACCAGAACUCCCCAACUCAGACCUUGGGCCGCCAGUCACCUCUCCCUGCCCUGCCCUUCCCAGCACUUUGACAGACACCGCCCAUUUCACCUUGCAAAUGCAUGAGGCAACUCUUCUAAGAGCAGAUGCCUUGUCUCCCCAUAGGAGCCAAAUUCAGAGGAUUCCUGGAUUUCAGGUCAUUCUAUCUUCUAUGUUCCUUCAGUAACUGCCUCUGUUAGUUUACUGUUGCACCUCUCUGAACCUACAGGCUGGAUCUUUCUGCCCUUUCCUCCUCCAACCGUGAACAGCCAUUAGAAAGUGCUCCUCUCCACUACCCACCCCAGCCUUUUCCCUCAACUUAUCUAAUGUUUCCAUCAUCCGAAUAGCUUCCCUCAUUAGCCCUAUCUUCCUCCUUCGCAAACUUCUUCCCUACCCCUCCACAUGGUUAUGGAGCUAUACUUCUGUCUGUUUCUCAUCUGUAUCUCUUGUGUUGCUCCCUGUGCCCUGUCCAAACCUUCUGCAAGGAAGAUAAAGACAAAUCUAGCAAGACUAAAGAGAGAAUUAUAAUACAAUGUAAUAUGAGCAAGAAUGCUUUCUCCAUGAGACAGCAGGCCUUCCAAAGGUGGGGGACAGUGUUCCAUUAUCAGCAGCUUACAAGUGGGAAUUGUGUCUCAUAACCAGAGAGGGAAGAGGACGAAACAGGCUCAGACAGGGUAUGCAACUUACUCAAUGACUGAUCACUAUCUGUGCUGAGAUUUGAACUCAGGCCUGUGUGACUGUGGAGGCCAGGCCCUUGCCACCAGCAUAGGCUGGCAUGAGUCAUGGCCAGGAGCAGGCUGUCUGGAGCCAGCUCAGCCACUGUUUACUGACCAUUAGCCAUGAUCCCUGUGCUCAGGCCCAGCCAGGGAUGACUCACUAGGAAUCAGGAGAGUGGCUGUGGCUCUGGGUCAGCGUUGGGUGCCAUUUUAUUAUCACCAUUAUCUCUACCUUUAUUAGCCUAAUCACUGACUGCUUAUUAAGCAGUCAGGCACUGAGCUGAUGUGUGCUGUGUCAUGUGCCAAUACACCCUGACUUUCGGUGUCAUAGAACCUAUGAUACCAGCAAAAAGCCAACACCCACUAUCCAUCCAUCCAUUCAUGCCAUCAUUCAACAUCUCUCUUGAUGAUCACUUGUACUAGACCUUGUGCUAGAUGCUAAGGGGCACAAAAUACACAAGAUACAGUCCCUGCAUUCACUGAACAUCCUGUCGUUGGCAGAGAGAGACACAUAAGUAAUUGUAACACAGAGUGAUCUGAAAUGUGAUAGAGGUAUGUUCAAUGGGCAGCAGGAGCUCAGAAGAGGGAGUGAUUAAAUCUGCCUGGCGGUGGAAUAAUGCUUCAGCCAAGUGGUCACUGCUCUGAGCUAAAGAGAAUGAAUAGGGGUUUGCCAGGUAACCAAGGGAUGGACAUUCCAGAUAGAGGGAAUGACAGGUGCAAAAUCACAGAGGUGACAGAGAGCAAGGGGUUCAGGUAACUGCAGAUGGUCUGGGAGCAACUUGGGCCCAGGGCAGCAAGAGAUGGGCCUAGAAAGGUGGACAGGGACCACGUCACAGAACAAGGCAGCAGAG